UAAACAAAACACCACUAAUACAAACAUGGCGGCUCCCGUCAGAGCGGCUCGUCUGUUUCGACUGGCCGGGCGAACUGUCUCCUACCUGCCGGCCACAUGUGGACAUGCGGUCGGUCCGCUGGAGAGGAGAUGCUACGUCUCCGUAUCGACAGGAAACCAUCUUCAGUUCAGGCUCGACGAGCGGACGGCUCACAGCAGCCUGGACCUCUUCAAGAAAAACACGGGCGUCAUCUACCGCAUGCUGGGCCUGCACCCCAGCCACGUUCAAGACAACCCGGAGCGCUUCCGGGACUGGGCCGUCGUAUUCGCCGAUGAGGAGAUCAGCAGCGGGCGUCACUACUGGGAGGUGACAGUCAAAAAGUCUGAGGAGUUUCGCCUGGGCGUGGCCGAGGUGCUGAUGCCCAGAGACGACUGCGUGGGCACCAACGGCUCCUCCUGGGUAUUCGGCUACGCCAAGCGCAAGUGGUUCGCCAUGACCGGCAACAAGAUGGUUCCCGUGGCGCUGGUGGGCAAGCCGGAGCGCGUGGGCAUCCUGCUCGACUACGACGCGGGCCUCCUGGAGCUGAUGGACACCGAAAAACACACAAUCAUUCAGACCAUCAGGGCCCAGUUCAAGAUUCCCCUCUGCCCCGCAUUUGGACUCUGGGACGGGGAGCUGCUCACGCACUCCGGACUGCAGGAGCCCGAAGGCCCAAAGUGAAGCAGGAGGAACUGCGAUGGGGACGAUUGUGACACUCGGGGGACUGAAAGGGAGCGAUAUCCACGUAGGAGUCAUUCGCGGCUAGCGAGUGGGAGAGGUUUAUAGUUGGUUCAUAAUUGUGUGUGUGUGUGUGUGUGUGUGUGUGUUCACAGAGGCUGUAUUUGUGUGAUCUUAUCCAUUACCUCUCAGACUAACUGACAUGAAAAGGUAGUGUGGUUAAAGGAUGUUUUUACGCUGUGUUCUGUUAUGACUCAGUUGUAAAGUUGUUUCAGUCUCAUGCUCACACUGUGUAUCGUUUGAUAAAAUAACUUUUUUACAUUUUAUUUACACCAGCAUAAUACAUAUUCACAGUGACGGACUUAAGUACUGUUGGGGAAUCAUUUCAAUGCCUUUCACUGAGUUGAAUGAAAUAAAACACAUAAAAUACUUUC